UAUGGCUCUACGCUUUUUUAGUUGUGCGCGGCCUCGCGAAUGCCAUUCCCGCGGCGCGUUUACGACCCGCCGCCCGCGACCAACGAGGAGAUCGCGAUCGUACUGCGGAAGCUCCAGAUCUGGCGGAAAGAGCUCAAGGGACUACUCAUUAGCAUUACGCCACGCAACACCCCGACCGAGCUUAUUGCCCAUAUCCUCGGCUUUGUCGGCUUCGAUCCCCCUCAAGAGUUAUCAAAGGAGGAGCGGAAACUCACGCUCACAGAGUGUCGCGACCCGACGCGCGCUCGGCUGAUCUACGUUUGCAUCUACGUUUAUUUACAACCAGCUUAAACAUGGCCCUCUCCACGGUGCGCCGAGCGGCAUUUGUCACUCUGGACCUCCAGCCCUUAAUAUGCUCGUUCAUGGACGACGGCCAGCGCGACGCCCUCGUCUCGCGUGUGAACAAGACCAUGGCGCAAGCGCGCGCCCACAACGUGCCGAUCGCGCACGUGAGAGUAGCGUUCCAGCCCGGGCACCCUGAAAUUCACGAGAGCCAUCCGAUCAUGGGCCCCGCGAAGCAAGGAAACGUGUUGGCGCGGCCGCGGCGUCAACUUAAGCGUCGGGACCGCGCGUCGACGGCGUCUCGCUAAAAAGGAUCCACUCAGGUUGACGGCACGCCGGAAGCGGCGCUACUCCCAGAGCUCGACCGCGACGCGAGCGAGCCGGUUUUCACCAAGGUUCGUGUCAACGUUUUGCCCGUGUGGAAAUCAAGCGGGAGUCGUCAGUGUGGGGCGCCUGUCAGUGAGUUUGAUUUCCACACAGGCAUUCACGACGACGGGCCUCGCGUCCUGGGUCUCGGCGCACCAGACGACGGAGCUCGUCAUGUGCGGCGUCGCCACGGGCCUGGUGGUAUUGAAGACGGCCGUCCACGCCAUCGACCAGGAUUUGGAAGUGACUGUGCUGUCGGAUCUGUGCGUCGACGCAGACCAAGCACGCCACGACGCGUGCAUGGACGCCGUCUUCCCGACGCUCGCGCGGGUCAUGCCCAGCGACGAGUGGCUGGCGACGCUCGGUUCCCCGCAGAAGACCGCCGCCGGCGCGCUGCGAGGACUCCUCUAGGAGAAAAU